AUGGCCAAGGGGAUCUGCCAGCACUUUAUGGAUGCAAGGCUGAUCGAGAAUGCGACAGAUGUUGGCAGCAGCGUGUUCAAGGACAAGGGCAUCUACGUCAUCACUCCCAAAGGCUUGCACAUCCUCGAACGCUUCAUCACCAAGAACGGCAUCAAUGGCGAGCACCUCUUGCCAGUCUUCUCCAGCCAGCCCAUCUGCAUGAAGCUGCUUCACUUGGAGAGGCGGACGCACGACGACGAGCUCCUCAUCAAUAGGCCGGUCAUCGAGGUGAUCUUUAGGCGCUUCGUGGGCCGACAACCCAACUACCCACCCUCGGCAGAGAUUCGGGAGAAUGGACAACCCAUCCCUUCCGAAGGAGAAUUUGAUCGAACGAUGGGCAUAGAGAUGCAGGAUCUGUCAGAAAGGGUUCGGCUGCCCAAGUCCACUCAGACGACGCUUCAUGUGGCCAAGCACUGCUUUCCGUCCAUCGCGGCGCUGGAUUGGCUCUGCGACUUUACGACCAUCUGCGGUAGGGACGAAGCGGCGGAGAUCGCAGCCCACUUUGUGAGGCUAGGUUUCAUCCAGCUGGCCUACGAUCGCAGCAGGAAAGAUGCGGACGAAACAGCCAACGUUGCGGUGCGGGGAGAAGAUGCGCAUGGCAACCAGACAGAGGGAGAGUUCAAAUGCCACUACAAGUGCAUGUACGCGGUGACGGACAAGGGCAGGACUACAGCGAGGUGGGCAGGCUACGGUCACCUCUCUGAUUACAGUCAAGUGCAAAGCUACCAUUCCGGCGGCCUGGAGCAGGAAGAGCUGCAGUACCAGCAAGCGCGGCCGACCUCUGCCGCUGGCAGUCAACGAUCAAACCAGAAUGAUACCGGGUCUGGCAUUGGCAUUCCUGUCGGCAUCAACGGAGACCGAUCUGGACCUCAUGCGGGAAACAGCUCUCCCAGCUCGGACAGCCAGCGCGCCUUGAACAGGAAACCUUCUGCUGCGGAAAGGUUGCGGAACGAGUAUGUGGGGCGCGGAGGCAGGCCUCCGAGCAGCGGUGGUGCGCAAUCCAGCUCGCCAGGCUUUGGAAAUACGGAGCUACCUGCCCAGCUUGGAGGCUACAAUGCGCGGGACAGCAACACGAAUCGAUUGAAGCAAAUCUUGGAAGAGCCAGCGCUGCGGUCGCUGUUUAGGGAAUUCCUGAAGCAGAACUUUUGCGAAGAGAAUUUGAGCUUUUGGUUGGAUGUGCAGGACUUUAAGAGGAGGUUCCACACUACGAGCAGCGCGGUCGCCAUUCGACCUUCGGAAGGGGCAAAGGAAAAGGAAAAGAGUGGAGGUGGAAGCGGAGUGGCCAAUGCCGUCAAGCGAUUGGGGAGGGGCGUGACGGGAAGCAGCAACAAUGCCAAUUACGGGUACACGGCAAUGGAGAGGCAUCAACAAGAUUUGAUAGCGAUGGCUUUCGUCAUUUACAACACCUACUUGGCGCCAGCUUCGCCUUGCGAGCUCAAUAUUGAGCACAAUCUGAGAGCUGACCUGGUCAAUUACAUGAACAAGGUCAUCUCGGAUGCCAAGGGCCCAGGCGGAGAAGGUUUGGAAAAUGUCAGCGCUCAGCAGUUGCGCAAUGGCGGUCAAAGCGGACCUGCUGGCGCUUUCUCGCCGCCUGGACCGCCGGGUGGACUGGAAGAAAGGAGGGCGGCGGUGCACGCCAGCAUGCCCAAGGCGCCUCUGCAUGCGAGCCAACUCCAGACCAUGGUUAGGCUGUACGAGCGCAUACAGGAUCACAUCUUCAGGCUGAUGGCGACGGACUCUGUGCCGCGUUUCAUCAAGGACCCGCGCUUCUUGAACCUGGUCAGGAGCGUGGAAGAGUACACGGAAGCGCUGGAAUCGGGACGUGUGGACCCUACGCACGAUGCUGGACCUGCUAUUGGCAAGGCGGUCGUUGACGCUAUGGAAUUGGGACCGCAAGAUGGACGAGCUGGGGUACCGGCCACGUCGUGA